GGGGCUGGCCCCGAACGCGGUCCCGCCCGGCGCUUUCCUCUGCGGAGCUGCGGCGAGAGCGCGGCCCGGCCGAACGGGCGCGGGACGCGGAGCCCCCGACGGCGCGGCCAGCGGGCGCGCCCGCGCUCCCCGCACCCCGCCUGGCCCUGCCGGCCACCCCGGCGCGCAGCCUAGUCCCCCAGCGCCCUGCUCCGCCAGCGCCCCGUCCCGCCCGCACACCACCGCGAUGCGGCACGGCGUCGCCUGGGCGCUGCUGGUGGCCGCGGCCCUGGGGCUUGGGGCGCGCGGGGUGCGCGGCGAGGUGGCCCUUGCCGACUUCUACCCGUUCGGCGCCGAGCGCGGCGACGCCGUCACCCCCAAGCAGGACGACGGCGGCUCGGGGCUGCGGCCGCUCUCGGUGCCCUUCCCGUUCUUCGGUGCCGAGCACUCCGGACUCUACGUGAACAACAACGGGAUCAUCUCCUUCCUGAAGGAGGUUUCUCAGUUCACCCCAGUGGCCUUCCCCAUUGCCAAGGACCGCUGCGUGGUGGCAGCCUUCUGGGCAGAUGUGGACAACCGGCGUGCAGGCGACGUGUACUACCGGGAGGCCACCGACCCAGCCAUGCUACGCCGAGCCACGGAGGACGUCAGGCGCUACUUCCCCGAGCUCCUGGACUUCAAUGCCACCUGGGUUUUUGUCGCCACCUGGUACCGAGUGACCUUCUUUGGAGGCAGUUCCUCAUCCCCUGUCAACACAUUCCAGACUGUGCUCAUCACAGACGGCAAGCUCUCCUUCACCAUCUUCAACUAUGAGUCCAUCGUGUGGACCACAGGCACACACGCCAGCAGCGGGGGCAACGCCACUGGCCUCGGGGGCAUCGCAGCCCAGGCUGGCUUCAACGCAGGCGAUGGGCAGCGUUACUUCAGUAUCCCCGGCUCGCGCACAGCAGACAUGGCCGAGGUGGAGACCACCACCAACGUGGGUGUGCCCGGGCGCUGGGCGUUCAGAAUCGAUGAUGCCCAGGUGCGCGUGGGGGGCUGCGGCCAUACAACCUCCGUGUGCCUGGCCCUGCGCCCCUGCCUCAACGGCGGCAAGUGCAUCGACGACUGCGUCACGGGCAACCCCUCCUACACCUGCUCCUGCCUCUCGGGCUUCACGGGGCGGAGGUGCCACCUGGACGUGAACGAAUGUGCCUCCCAGCCCUGUCAGAAUGGCGGGACCUGUACUCACGGCAUCAACAGUUUCCGCUGCCAGUGCCCGACUGGCUUUGGGGGACCCACCUGUGAGACAGCCCAAUCCCCCUGUGACACCAAAGAGUGUCAACAUGGUGGCCAGUGCCAGGUGAAGAACGGCUCUGCGGUGUGUGUGUGCCAGGCCGGGUACACCGGAGCAGCCUGCGAGACAGAUGUGGACGACUGCAGCCCUGACCCCUGCCUGAAUGGAGGCUCUUGUGUUGACCUAGUGGGGAAUUACACCUGCUUGUGUGCCGAGCCCUUCAAGGGACUUCGCUGUGAGACAGGAGACCACCCAGUGCCAGACGCCUGCCUCUCGGCCCCUUGCCACAAUGGGGGCACCUGUGUGGAUGCGGACCAGGGCUACGUGUGCGAGUGCCCCGAAGGCUUCAUGGGCCUGGACUGCAGGGAGAGAGUCCCCGAUGACUGUGAGUGCCGCAACGGAGGCAGAUGCCUGGGCGCCAACACCACCCUCUGCCAGUGCCCCCCGGGAUUCUUUGGGCUUCUCUGUGAAUUUGAAAUCACAGCCAUGCCCUGCAACAUGAACACACAGUGCCCAGAUGGGGGCUACUGCAUGGAGCACGGCGGGAGCUACCUCUGCGUCUGCCACACCGACCACAAUGCCAGCCACUCCCUGCCAUCACCCUGCGACUCGGACCCCUGCUUCAACGGAGGCUCCUGCGAUGCCCAUGACGACUCCUACACCUGCGAGUGCCCGCGCGGGUUCCAUGGCAAGCACUGCGAGAAAGCCCGGCCACACCUGUGCAGCUCAGGGCCCUGCCGGAACGGGGGCACUUGCAAGGAGGCGGGCGGCGAGUACCACUGCAGCUGCCCCUACCGCUUCACUGGGAGGCACUGUGAGAUCGGGAAGCCAGACUCGUGUGCCUCUGGCCCCUGUCACAACGGCGGCACCUGCUUCCACUACAUUGGCAAAUACAAGUGUGACUGUCCCCCAGGCUUCUCCGGGCGGCACUGCGAGAUAGCCCCCUCCCCCUGCUUCCGGAGCCCGUGUGUGAAUGGGGGCACCUGCGAGGACCGGGGCACGGAUUUCUUCUGCCACUGCCAAGCAGGGUACAUGGGACGCCGGUGCCAGGCAGAGGUGGACUGUGGCCCCCCGGAAGAGGUGAAGCACGCCACACUGCGCUUCAACGGCACACGGCUGGGUGCGGUGGCCCUGUAUGCAUGUGACCGUGGCUACAGCCUGAGCGCCCCCAGCCGCAUCCGGGUCUGCCAGCCACAUGGUGUCUGGAGUGAGCCUCCCCAGUGCCUUGAAAUCGAUGAGUGCCAGUCUCAGCCGUGCCUGCAUGGGGGCUCUUGUCAGGACCGCGUUGCUGGGUACCUGUGCGUCUGCAGCACAGGUUAUGAGGGCGCCCACUGUGAGCUGGAGAGGGAUGAGUGCCGAGCUCACCCCUGCAGAAAUGGAGGCUCCUGCAGGAACCUCCCGGGGGCCUAUGUCUGCCGGUGCCCUGCAGGCUUCGUUGGAGUCCACUGUGAGACAGAGGUGGACGCCUGCGACUCCAGCCCCUGCCAGCACGGAGGCCGGUGUGAGAGCGGCGGCGGGGCCUACCUGUGCGUCUGCCCAGAGAGCUUCUUCGGCUACCACUGCGAGACAGUGAGUGACCCCUGCUUCUCCAGCCCCUGUGGGGGCCGUGGCUAUUGCCUGGCCAGCAACGGCUCCCACAGCUGCACCUGCAAAGUGGGCUACACGGGCAAGGACUGCGCCAAAGAGCUCUUCCCACCGACGGCCCUCAAGAUGGAGAGAGUGGAGGAGAGUGGGGUCUCUAUCUCCUGGAACCCGCCUGAUGGUCCAGCUGCCAGGCAGAUGCUUGAUGGCUACGCGGUCACCUACGUCUCCUCCGACGGCUCCUACCGCCGCACGGACUUUGUGGACAGGACCCGCUCCUCGCACCAGCUCCAGGCCCUGGCGGCCGGCAGGGCCUACAACAUCUCCGUCUUCUCAGUGAAGCGAAACAGUAACAACAAGAAUGACAUCAGCAGGCCUGCCGUGCUGCUGGCCCGCACGCGACCCCGCCCUGUGGAAGGCUUCGAGGUCACCAAUGUGACGGCUAGCACCAUCUCAGUGCAGUGGGCCCUGCACAGGAUCCGCCAUGCCACCGUCAGUGGGGUCCGUGUGUCCAUCCGCCACCCUGAGGCCCUCAGGGACCAGGCCACCGAUGUGGACAGGAGUGUGGACAGGUUCACCUUUAGGGCCCUGCUGCCUGGGAGGAGGUACACCAUCCAGCUGACCACCCUCAGUGGGCUCAGGGGAGAGGAGCACCCCACAGAGAGCCUGGCCACCGCGCCGACGCACGUGUGGACCCGGCCCCUGCCUCCAGCAAACCUGACCGCCGCCCGAGUCACCGCCACCUCUGCCCACGUGGUCUGGGAUGCCCCGACUCCAGGCAGCUUGCUGGAGGCUUAUGUCAUCAAUGUGACCACCAGCCAGAGCACCAAGAGCCGCUAUGUCCCCAAUGGGAAGCUGGCGUCCUACACGGUGCGCGACCUGCUGCCGGGACGGCGGUACCAGCUCUCUGUGAUAGCAGUGCAGAGCACGGAGCUCGGGCCGCAGCACAGCGAGCCCGCCCACCUCUACAUCAUCACCUCCCCCAGGGAUGGCGCCGACAGACGCUGGCACCAGGGAGGACACCACCCUCGGGUGCUCAGGAACAGACCGCCCCCGGCGCGCCUGCCGGAGCUGCGCCUGCUCAAUGACCACAGCGCCCCCGAGACCCCCUCCCAGCCCCCCAGGUUCUCGGAGCUUGUGGACGGCAGAGGAAGAGUGAGCGCCAGGUUCGGUGGCUCACCCAGCAAAGCAGCCACCGUGAGAUCACAACCCACAGCCUCGGCGCAGCUCGAGAACAUGGAGGAAGCCCCCAAGCAGGUCAGCCUGGCCCUCCAGCUCCCUGAACACGGCAACAAGGACAUCGGAAACGUCCCUGGCAACUGUUCAGAAAACCCCUGUCAGAACGGAGGCACUUGUGUGCCGGGCGCAGACGCCCACAGCUGUGACUGCGGGCCAGGGUUCAAAGGCAGACGCUGCGAGCUCGGUAUAAAAGAGUCUACAGAGUUCACCAAGACAUCUGCUUCAAAGAGAGCUGUGAAAGCACAAGCCUCAAGAAGACCCCAAACAGGAAACAAAGUAAGAGUCAGACACUGGAGAAAUCUUAAGGAUUUAAGACGUUCUUGUUACACUCCACCAACCUCACGAGUUUCUAACACCCAGAAGAUGAGGCCUAAAAACUGGAUGAAAAAGGACACACUGAGAGAAAAGGUCCUAGCUGGAGUCAGUCAGUCCCCUCUGUGACCUCUCUCCUCAGGCCUCUAGAGGACAGACGGCCAGGCCUGUGCACACACCAGCCCGCCCUGAGAGACCCCUCUGGGACCAACCACCUAUGAGUCCUGCGAUGCGUUUAAGCAGCCUGUGCCCUCACCCAGGCUGCAGUUCCUGAAGGUGUGGUCUGUGCCUCUGCGGAUGAGAUGACAGCUCGCCAUUCCCCGGGAUCAGUGAGGCUGUCAGUCAGCCACGCUUCUGCAGUAUGCAGAAACCUGUUCUUAGACUCCAAAGCCAGAGAAAGAAUUCUUCCUUCGAGGCCUAACAGAUUGAGAAGGAACUGUGAUGGACCACUUCCAAAACAGAGAGAGAGGGCAGGGGCUGAAGGGCAGAGACCAGGUGAUGUCAGAAGGAAAGCCAGGUUGCAGACACAGCCGCCCCUGCUCUGGUCCUCCAGCGUGUUUAUGACGCUCGUGCAGGUCGACGAGCCAUCCUAUGGACUAGUUAACACUAAGGUGGAGUUCAGACUUUUUUAGACAACAGCGCGACUGGCAGCCUUUCUCUAUCAAGGGUCAGACGGUAAACAUUUUCAGCUUUGCAGACCAGAGGCCCCUGUGGCUACAGUAGCACAGACACAGCCACAGGCAUGUCAUUGAAUGGCUGUGGCUAUGUUCCAAUAAAAACUUAUUUACAAUAACAGGUGGUGGCCAAAUUGGCCCAUGGGCCUUAUUUGGUGAACCCUGUUCUAUGAGAUCACCUAGGCUUCAGCCUUAAACAGUGGAAGCCAUCCCCUGAAUGACAAGUCACAAGGGUAUCAAAGAAAGACCCCUGAAUUUUCAUGGAAAAAGCUAUCCAGACCCCUGCUUGGAAAGCUAAGGCACACUGCCACGAAGCAGCAAGGACGCCUUACAAGUCUCAGUGCAACAGAGAUGGACACCUGGGCUGGGCUGGACAAUGUUUAAGUUCCUUUUAGUCCAUGACUCAAGUAAUACUGUUUUAGGCUAUCAGGUAGUAAACACGAUCUUAGACAUCCCCAUCUUCGUAAGCAGAACAGUACGGCACUUCACCACAUCUGCUUCCCACCAUGCUUCUAAGCAGCUGUCUUCCCCCUGCUAAUGUUACAACCAAAGCAGCCACCCCACCUCCUCUCGUGUUGAGCCUCACGAUGGCUGACCCAGCUGGAAAGCCAGCGCCCUGCCGCGUCACCCUGACUCUGCUCAGAGCCAGCAUUCCAGCCACAAAGAGGGCCUCCUUCCUUUCCUCUUUUAUAAAAAUGUUUUUUGAAGAGUUAGAGUAUAUUUUAGGCUUUUUAUCUUUAUUAAAAUUUCAUGUGCA